UACGUUUUGAACGAAAUGUAGUGAACAGAUUUUACAGUUUUACAUGUGUAGCACGUGGGAAUUUUUCAAAAGUAAAGUAUUUUUAGAUUUAGUGUAAAUAAAAUUAAUUUCUGUAUAAUAUUUCUUAAAAAAAAAUGUCUAUUCCCGACAAAGUUUUAAUGAGAAAGAUUAGAAAAAGAGAAAAGAAUAAAUUAAAAGUAUUAAAGGAAAGAUCUGACAAACAAAAUGGUGAAAUUAAAAGUGAAGAUCUUGUGGAGAAUAUUGAUCAAGACGACGACGACGACGUAAAGGAAAAAAUUGGAAAUAAGCGUUUGACAACGCAAAAUGGUCCUGCUAAAAAAAAGAAAAAGAAUUUAGAAACAUCUAAAAUUGAGAAUGAACAAGAGUCAAAUGAGGAAUCCAUUAAUGGUAAUGAAAUGGAUACCAUGGAAGAAAAUGGAAAUAUAGAAUCAAAGAAUAGUACAGAUGUCGUUGAGAAAAGCUUACCUGGAUCUUCUAUAGGAUUAGAAAUAACAAAAAAUAAUAGUUUUGAAACGUUGAAUGAACGUGUAUGUGAAAAUACUCUUAAAGGAAUAAAAGAUAUGGGUUUUACACAUAUGACCGAGAUACAAGCCAGAUCUAUUCCACCAUUAUUGGAAGGCAGAGAUUUAAUUGGUGCAGCCAAAACAGGAUCAGGAAAAACAUUGGCCUUUUUAAUACCUGCUGUAGAAUUAAUAUAUAAAUUAAAAUUUAUGCCCCGUAAUGGUACUGGAUGUAUUAUCAUAUCUCCUACAAGAGAAUUAUCAAUGCAAACAUUUGGUGUUUUAAAAGAAUUAAUGAAAUAUCAUUAUCAUACGUAUGGUCUAUUAAUGGGUGGUGCUAGUAGACAAACAGAAGCACAAAAACUCGCAAAAGGAAUAAAUAUUAUUGUUGCUACGCCAGGGAGAUUAUUAGAUCAUCUUCAAAAUACUCCUGACUUUUUAUACAAAAAUCUACAAUGUCUUAUUAUCGACGAAGCCGAUCGUAUUUUAGAUAUUGGUUUUGAAGAGGAAUUAAAACAAAUUAUUAAUAUAUUGCCAAAAAGAAGACAAACUAUGUUGUUCAGUGCGACUCAAACUAAGAAGGUAGAAGCAUUGACAAGUUUAGCAUUAAAAAAAGAACCUGUAUAUGUUGGCGUCGAUGAUGAAAAAGAUAAGGCGACUGUAGAAGGUUUGGAACAAGGCUAUGUAGUUUGUCCUAGUGAAAAACGUUUUCUACUUUUAUUCACAUUCCUAAAGAAAAAUAGACAAAAGAAAAUUAUGGUAUUCUUUAGUUCCUGCAUGUCAGUCAAGUAUCAUCAUGAACUCUUGAAUUAUAUAGAUCUUCCUGUAUUAAGUAUACAUGGAAAACAAAAACAAACUAAACGGACUACAACAUUUUUCCAAUUUUGCAAUGCUUCUUCCGGUAUACUUUUAUGUACAGACGUAGCUGCUAGAGGUCUCGACAUACCCGAUGUCGAUUGGAUCGUACAAUAUGAUCCACCGGAUGAUCCUAAGGAAUAUAUUCAUCGCGUUGGAAGAACAGCACGUGGUGAAGGUAGUAGUGGACACGCUUUAUUAAUUCUACGACCAGAAGAAUUAGGCUUCCUUCGUUAUCUCAAACAAGCCAAAGUCCCGGUCAAUGAAUUUGAUUUUUCAUGGAACAAAAUAGCGGACAUACAAUUGCAGCUCGAAAAAUUGAUCUCCAAGAACUAUUUUUUAAAUAUAUCGGCGAAGGAAGCGUUCAAGGCAUAUGUCAGAGCAUACGACUCUCAUCAUCUUAAACAGAUAUUCGACGUUCAGACAUUGGAUUUGGCAAAGGUUGCCAAAUCAUUUGGAUUUGUGGUUCCACCAGCAGUAGACCUGAAAGUGGGAGCUAGCAAAGAUUCGCGGCCACGGAAAAGGCUCGGCGGGGGCGGUUAUGGUUUCUUCAAGAACAUGAACAAUCCAAAUGCCUCGCGACAGUUGCAACGUACCAAGACCUUCCGCCAGGUGGGUAAACGUGGGAAGGACAACCGACAAUUCACCAGAUAACUUUUAUAUUAUACUUUUUGCUUCGACGGUCAUUUCUUUUUCUUUUUAAUUCCAUUUUUUUUUCUUUUUUUUUUUUUAAAUUUUUUUUUUUUUUUUUUUUUUUUUUUUUUUGCUUUAACUCGACCAUACGAAAUUUCCUUUAGAAGAGUUAACUUGUACAGGCGUUUAGAUACACCAUAAUUUUUCCGAUUUAUCUUUUAUACGUGUAUGUGUCACCGACUAGAGACACACUAUAAAAGGUAAUACGAUCGAGCGCCCAAAAGAAGUUUAUCUUUUCUUUCUCGUAAAAUUCGCUUCUUUUUCUUCUU